GCAGCUGCCACUGCCUGCCUCCAGCCGGCUGCCGCGAAAACCCGGAGCCGCAGCGCGCGCUCAUGGACAGUCCGCCUAGGGGCGAAGCCGGGCAGCUGGGCAUGCUCAGUAGCUGGGGGAGGUUUGGGUGGAGAGUAGAAAGCUUUGGCUCUGCCUCCCACCGCCUCCCUCCGGCCUCCGCCCCCCUCGCCCCUACCCAGCCCGUAGUAGUUCCCCAGCGUGCGCCCGCGGAGACUGGGAACAUGGCGCUCGGAGCGAUGGAGCAGCCGAGAAGGGAAUGAGGCACCUCCGCUUCGCUGACAGCCAGCCAUCAGAAAUACACUGUGGUGAAAUGCUUCCACCUCUUGCCAAAAUGAACACUGAGGAAAAAUGAAGAAGAUUGAAGAACACCAACAAAAAUUUGCAGAACAGAAAUAGCCACACUCCUCUGGAGUCUUUAAUUCAUCCACAGCCAUCAUAAAAAGGUUUCUCCAUCAUGUUCGGAAAGAAAAAGAAAAAGAUUGAAAUAUCUGGCCCAUCCAACUUUGAACACAGGGUUCACACGGGGUUUGAUCCACAAGAACAAAAAUUCACUGGCCUUCCUCAGCAGUGGCACAGCCUGUUAGCAGAUACAGCCAACAGGCCGAAGCCCAUGGUAGACCCUUCAUGCAUCACACCCAUACAGCUGGCUCCCAUGAAGACAAUCGUUAGAGGAAACAAACCCUGCAAGGAAACCUCUAUCAAUGGCCUGCUGGAAGACUUUGACAACAUCUCUGUGACUCGCUCCAACUCCCUAAGGAAAGAAAGUCCCCCGACCCCGGAUCAGGGAGCCUCCAGCCACCGCCCGGGCCAUGCGGAAGAGAACGGCUUCGUCACAUUCUCGCAGUAUUCCAGCGAAUCCGACACGACCGCCGACUACGCGCCCGAGCGCUACCGAGAGAAGAGCCCCUACGCGGAGGAUCCGGAGCCGCGUUACAGAGGCAGCCUCGGCACCCAGCAGAACGGGCGCGCCCUGAAGAUGAAACACGGCGAGGCCUACUACUCGGAGAUGAAGCCUUUGAAAUCCGACCUCGUCCGGUUUCCUGUCGAUUACCACGCACACUUGGACUCACUGAGCAAACCAGGGGAAUACGAUGACCUCAAGUGGGGGUAUCACAGAGCCUCAAGUAGCUCCCCUCUGGAUUACUCAUUCCACUUCACGCCUUCUAGAACUGCAGGGACCCGCGGGUGCUCCAAGGAGAAUCUGGCCUACAGCGAAAGCGAGUGGGGACCCAGCCUGGAUGACUAUGACAGGAGGCCAAAGUCAUCGUACCUGAAUCAGACGAGCCCUCAGCCGGCCAUGCGUCAGAGGUCCAGGUCAGGCUCGGGGCUUCAGGAGCCGAUGAUGCCAUUCGGAGCAAGUGCAUUUAAAACCCAUCCCCAAGGACACUCCUACAACUCCUACACCUAUCCUCGCCUGUCCGAGCCCACAAUGUGCAUUCCAAAGGUGGAUUAUGACCGAGCACAGAUGGUCCUCAGCCCUCCACUGUCAGGGUCCGACACCUACCCCAGGGGCCCCGCCAAACUACCUCAAAGUCAAAGCAAAGCAGGCUAUUCCUCCAGCAGCCACCAGUAUCCGUCCGGGUACCACAAAGCCAGCCUGUACCAGCACCCCUCGCUGCAGAGCGGCUCUCAGUACGUGUCCACCGCGUCCUACCUGAGCUCGCUCAGCAUCGCGUCCAGCACCUACCCCCCGCCCAGCUGGGGCUCCUCGUCGGACCAGCAGCCCUCCAGGGUGUCCCACGAACAGUUCCGGGCGGCCCUGCAGCUGGUGGUCAGCCCAGGAGACCCCAGGGAGUACUUGGACAACUUUAUCAAAAUCGGAGAAGGGUCUACUGGCAUCGUGUGCAUCGCUACCGAGAAACACACAGGGAAACAAGUCGCCGUCAAGAAAAUGGACCUCCGGAAGCAGCAGAGGCGAGAACUGCUUUUCAACGAGGUUGUGAUAAUGCGGGAUUACCACCAUGACAAUGUGGUUGACAUGUACAACAGCUACCUUGUUGGUGAUGAGCUCUGGGUGGUGAUGGAGUUUCUAGAAGGUGGUGCCUUGACAGACAUUGUUACACACACCAGAAUGAAUGAAGAACAGAUAGCUACCGUCUGUCUGUCAGUUCUGAGAGCUCUUUCCUACCUUCACAACCAAGGAGUGAUUCAUAGGGACAUAAAGAGUGACUCCAUCCUCCUGACAAGUGAUGGCCGGAUAAAGUUAUCUGACUUUGGUUUCUGUGCUCAAGUUUCCAAAGAGGUGCCGAAGAGGAAAUCACUGGUUGGCACUCCCUACUGGAUGGCACCUGAGGUGAUUUCUAGGCUACCGUAUGGGACAGAGGUGGACAUCUGGUCCCUGGGGAUCAUGGUGAUAGAAAUGAUCGAUGGUGAACCCCCCUACUUUAAUGAGCCUCCCCUCCAGGCCAUGCGGAGGAUCCGGGACAGUUUACCUCCAAGAGGGAAGGAUCUACACAAGGUUUCUUCAAUGCUGCGGGGAUUCCUGGACCUGAUGUUGGUGAGGGAGCCCUCGCAAAGAGCCACAGCCCAGGAACUCCUACGACAUCCCUUCCUAAAACUGGCAGGGCCUCCAUCUUGCAUCGUUCCCCUCAUGAGACAAUACAGGCAUCACUGAGGAAAAGAACUGUACAGGUGACACAGCUAGAUGAUGACAUGAGACUAAUCAGGGGAACAUGAGGGAACUACAGUUCAUGCAAAAGACCUGUGCAUUCUAGGCCGGCUGGUGGUAGGACAGUGUGAUGGCCAGCAGGGUUCCGCAGACCAGGGCAUCUUCUUGUGUCUUAAAUAGGCAUCUCUCCACCAACAGCUGGCACGGUCAUUUGGAGCACGGCUUUAAUAAGUCAUUGUUAUAUUUUCAGCCCUUCAUCCAGCAAAUCAGAAGGACUCAGUACAAACUCCGUUAUGAUGUAUCCUAGCCACAUGCAGGGUAAUGCAUAGGAUUUUCUAUAUUGAAAGAAUACUUUUCUGGCAAAAAAAAAAAAAGAAAGGAAAACAAAAAGCACUUUUUUCUUAAUGGUAGGCAGUAUAAUGUAUUUUGCAAUGAAUUUGUAAUUUUUCUGUACGAUAGUUUUGAUAAUUUAUAGUACUUUGAUGUCAUGUAGCCAUUGUAUCAGUUGAGGUAAUACUUGUUUACUAGCAGGAGUUUGAACAAAGCCUUUCCUACUUUUAUAUCCCUUUCAGAGAACCAAUGAUUCUUUAGGAACUUUGAAUACUGAAUGACUCUUAAUCACCGUCAGCUUUAGUAGAAUAUCUUUCUUAUCUUAACAAGUGUCUUAUGAGAUGAAAGGAGAAUUAAGAGUGAUGGUGAUAGCGUGUACAUUUCAUUAAUCCAACCAAAAAUAAUGAAAUAAAAUCUGAACUACAGUAUUCCACCUAACUACUCCUUGGGAUAAAGCUAAAUAUUUUGAAAAAUCCCAUUUUUUUCUUCAAGGCUUCUGGUAGCAAACCAUUUUUUUUGCACACCCAGGUGUUUCCCUCAAUGCCCUCCCUCAGAUGAGUUCAUUGUCCCCUUGUGGCCAAAUUUCCCUUCCAGGGAACAGUUUCAGUGCUAGGAUCAUUGGACUCCGUUCCCCAAAUUGAAUGUUUCCAGACCAGGAGAAUUCCCAGCUCACAGAGGGAGAGGAGAAUGAACAGGGCAAGAUGUUCAAUUUUGUUUGUCACUGUUUUAAAACUCUGUAUGCUAGCACACCAAACUCUCGUCUGUACUCACCUUUGUCCCACAGUAUUAAUUGCUAUUGUUCAUGUAUCAUGCUGGAAGACUGAACUGACUUCAGAGGAUGACUUAGCAAGUGGGUAUUUUACCAGGUAUGAUCUGACUUUGGUUGUGACCAUGUGUUUCUGACAUACAGGAGUUGUGCUGCUGUCUAGAUCUUUUGAAUGUUGAUAAAAAUGAAUGACUACUCAAUACAUUUUGUGUUGCCUGUUGGAUGAAUUUGCAUGUUAACUGUAGGCUGAUAUAGAUUUGCCUUUAAAACUCCGGAAGAGCUACAUAGUCAUCAUUAGUUUCUGUUUAAUUAUGCAUCAGACAAAAGCCAUUUGUUACCAAACUGGAAAAACAGAGGCUUUUCUCAAUGACUUCAUAUACUGUAACAAAUAUGAAUUAAAAUUCAUGAAAACACUCCGGUUGCUCUAAGCAUAAUUAAGAAUUUUUGUAAUGAAUAGGUUGUUAAUUAUUUAUUGCUAAAAAGGAAAGAAAAAGGCAUAAAAUGACCUUCUACUGAUUAGAUUUUCAGUUUUUCCCCAAACUGGAAAUGCCUCAUCAUUAAAUAGGAUCUAUAAUUUUGUUUCAUGGAACACAGCAGAUCAAUGUUUUAUGUAAAAUAUUAAAGGAUUAAUAUAAAUACGUCGGAAUAAAAACAAUCUAAAUCCAGAAAAUGGCAGUCCUAAAAGUUCAUGAAGUAGAUUGUCUUAACUUAAGCAGGACUACGUGGAAACAGAAAGAAAAGAAAAAGAACGUCCUUUUUUAACCCGGACAAACUUUAAAAACCAUUGCAGAAAAUUGUGGAUUUUGGAUUCUAAACAUUUUCAAAAGCAUAAUGGAAACUUAUCUGUACUUUUCUUAUCAUUGGAUAUUUUUUAAAGUGUUCAUCGAGUUUACCAAAAGUUACUGUAGCUUAACAGAUUUUGUGAGCACUAUGAUUGGCAGAAGCUGCUUUUGCAAAUAAAAAUAAAUGUUUGCCUUUUC